UCACUCCAAGAUCCCGCAUAAAACGCAGCACUGGCGUCUAAAGUAUCCUCAGUUAUUAUUCUACCUGUUGGAAUCAUGAGUGAAGGAAACGAGAGCGUGUGCCUGAACGGAUCUGUGCUGGACCUGGACUGGUUCGGCACCCUGGAGGACAUCGACGUGUCUGCGGACGGCAGCCCGGUCCUGCGGCUGCUCAUCUGUCUGGUGUACUGCGCCGUGUGCGCCGCGGGGCUGCUGGGGAACCUGCUGGUGCUCUUCUUCCUCAGGGGCAAACAGGAGAGGAGGAAGUCCAGGGUCAACUUCUUCGUGCUCAACCUGGCGGUGACGGACCUGCAGUUCGUGCUGGUGCUUCCCUUCUGGGCCGCGGACACGGCCAUGGACUUCAGCUGGCCCUUUGGAGACGUCAUGUGCAGGAUCGUGCUGUCCGUCACGGUGAUGAACAUGUACGCCAGCGUGUUCUUCCUCACGGCCAUGAGCGUGACCCGCUACUGGUCCCUGGCCUCGGCCCUGGAGAACAGGACCGUGUUCAGGAGGAGGUGUUCGGCCAAAUGGAUCAGCGCGGUGAUCUGGACGCUGGCCACCCUGGCCACCGCGCCCACCUCCGUCUUCUCCUCCGUCACAAACGUAACUGGAGAAAAGCUGUGUCUGCUGAGGUUCCCGGGGGGACAGUACUGGCUGGCGGUUUACCACAUCCAGAAGAUAGUGGUGGGGUUUGUUCUGCCCAUGUGCGUGGUGUCCGUCAGCUACUUCAUGCUGCUGCGCAUCAUCCAGACGCGCAGCAUGAAGACCAGCAACCCCAAACGGAGAUCCCGAGUCACCAAGUCCAUCACCAUCGUGAUGCUGUCCUUCUUCCUGUGCUGGAUGCCCAACCACGCCGUCACCCUGUGGAGCGUGCUGGUGAAGCUGAACGCUGCCCACUGGGACAAAUCCUACUACAUAGUGCACACCUACGUGUUCCCGCUGACCGUGUGCCUGGCGCACACCAACAGCUGCCUCAACCCCAUCAUCUACUGCCUCAUGAGGAAGGAGUUCCGAGACAAACUGCGAGGUCUGAUACACGGACGGUAGUCUG